AUGGGUUUACCGACCGAGGCAUUGCUCGAUAUCACUGCAAUUAAGAAGGACACUCUCGACGACAUAGACAGGGUUCAGGCAUACUUACCACAGCAGAAUGCGAGCAUGUGCCGGCUGCUGACGGAGAACGUCCAGCGUCUGGCGCCCGUCAUUAAAGACGCGAUGGACGGAGCACGGCGCACCCCAGCGUUUAUCGCGAGGUGCAACAGGGUGAGAUGUGUCGUCAAGGAGGCGGCCGCCUUGAUUGACAGUGCGGGCAGCAUGGGUGCCCUGGCUGCGUUCGUCAAGGCGCAAUCCACACAGGAGGACUUCGUUUUGGUGUCCAGGUGGCUGGGCGAGGCCGUCGCAGGGCUCAGCCCCAGUGACAAUGUAGCGCAAGGGCUCUCAGAGCAGGCACAGGCUAUUCAAGACCUUGCACAACAACUGAAGACAACGAAGUAUGAAAUUGACAUGGAUGAGCUGCAGAAGAGGCAGUACGACGACAUGCGGCACAUGCUGCACAAGAUGAGCACUGGAGCUGUCAGCCUGGAGAGAGGGACAGCAGUGCUUGCAAGCAUACUGACAGAACACAUUCAAGCCCUCCAGAGCAAGGUAGACUUACAGGUGUUCCUUGAUGAGAUAGCAACUGGCAUUUACCAUUCAAGGCAACGGUGCAAUCGCCAAGAAGAGCAAUUCCUGGAGAGGAUUGAGGCGGCUGUUUGCGAUCAAAACAAGACAUGCACUGCACCCGAUGACUUCAUGUGCCCCAUCAGCCUGCAGCUGAUGAGGAAGCCCAUGAUAGUGGUGGAGACCGGCCACACAUACGACGCCACGUCCAUUGAAGAGUGGUUUGCGACGGGGAAGAAGACCUGCCCAGAGACGGGGUUGGCCUUGGAAUCCACGCAGCUGGUCCACAACAUCACCCUUCAGCGGCUCAUCGACGACUGGGUGGAAAAGAAUGGCGACGGACAAGAAGAGCCGAUGACCCCGAGGGCCCACAGCAACCUGAAGCUGGACAACCUGCCUUCCUGGUUCUCCGAGGCGGCCCUGAGGGACCUCUUCCAGCCCCACGGCACCAUCACCUCCUGCUGCCUCCACCCCGCGGACGGCGUCACCGGCCUCAAGUCCGGCACCGUGGAGUUCGCCACCCUGCGCGAGGCCCAGGCCGCCAUGGAGGCCAUGAACGGCUUCAACCUGGGCAGCACGAAGAUCGAGGUCACCGCGGCCAAGCGCGGCGGGCGCGAGCCGGCGAUCAAGCCCGAGUGGGGGGAGGAGGCGGAGAGCCUGAGGAUGGAGCUGCUCAGGGUGGAGAACGAGCGGCUGAGGAAGCAGUUCGGGCAGACGAGGCUGUCCGACGACAAGUACAAGCCGCCCAAGACGUCGCCAUCGCUCCCGUCCACAGUGCCGUACACCAUGGCCAGCCCGGCGCUGCACAGCAACCUGUACGUCAACCGCCUGCCGCGCGGGUUUUCCGAGGGCGAGCUGAGGAAGCUGUUCGAGCCGUACGGGCAGAUCACGGCGGCCUGCGUGAUGGCGCCGGAGCCGCAGUGGGAGCACAACUACGGGUUCGUGGAAUUCGAGAGCGUGGAGCAGGCCAACGCGGCGGUCGCGGCCAGGGACGGCUUCCUGGUGGGCGGCAACCCGAUAGGGGUCCAGUUCGCGCUCAAGGGGAGGCGCGAGCCCAGCGUGCGGCCGGCGGACAUGAAGCGGUGGAGGUAG